AUGUGGGCAGAGGAGUUUCGCUUCUUCACCCCCUGCCUGCCCGCCCUGGUAUCAGUGCGCACAUACGAUUGGGACAUCAUAUCCAAGAACGCAGAGCUCGGUGCAGCUUCCCUGCUGGUGGAAGGAGAGGCUCUGCCCUUCACCGCUUGGUACCCCCUCGACAAGGGCCUGGGGCAGGUGUGCUUGCAGCUGCAGGUGACUGCAGUGCCAAGGAAUAAAGCGGACAGCACGGCAGCAAAGGGAGCCGCCAUAAGUUCGUCUCGCCUGCGGCGCCUCUCCCAGCAGCCCACAGGCGCCGGUGCAGGGGAGAAGCAAGAGGGGGAGGUUAUUGAAGGGGAGCGGCCUGAGCAGCAGCAAGAGCAGGAGGCGGGGAGGGGAACAGAAGUGCGGUUGAAGCCAGGGCCUUUGCAGACGAUCUUUGGGCUGCCUCCAGACGAGGUCAUCCGGCAUUCCUUCUCGUGUGCGUUGGAGCGGUCGUUUCUGUACCACGGCCGCAUGUUCCUUUCAGGGGCGCACCUCUGCUUUCACUCCAACGUCUUCUCCAAGGAGCUAACUGUGUGCAUUCCGUACCAAGACAUUGAGGAGGUUCGCCGCAGCACACACGCGCUGAUCAACCCAGCCAUGACGGUGGUGCUGCAUCUGGGCACAGGCGGACACGGGGUGCCCCCUCUACCAAGUCCCGACGGCCGAGUGAAGUACAAAUUCGCAUCCUUCUGGAACCGGGGUCAUGCCAUGCGCCUGCUGCAGGAGGCGAUUGCAGAGUUCUGGAAGAUGGAAGAGGCAGCUGCGCUGGAGGAGGAGCAGGAUCGGUUACGGGCGAUAAGCAUGAGGGAUGGAGCAGUAGAGGGGUUGUCGUUUAGAGGGGCAGCGUCGGAGGCUAAGGAGGAGGAGAAGGAGAAGCAACCUUUCCUUGACCUCACCGUGCUGGAGCACCUGCUGCAGUUCGAGGUGCCCUGCACAGCAGAAACCUACUUCAAUCUCCUCUACUCCGAUUCGUCUGAUUUUGUCGUGGUUUACCGAGCCAAGCGCAAGGACACGGAGCUGAAGGUGGGCGAAUGGAAGGAAACAGAGCAGUACGGAGGCAAGCUGAGAGAGGUGACCUAUCGCUCCCUCUGCGACUCCCCCAUGUGCCCACCCUCCACGGCCAUGACCGAGUGGCAGCACACGGCCUUCUCUGCUCCGGACCACAAACACCUGGUCCUGGAGCUAAUAAACCAGGCGCAUGACGUGCCGUUUGGGUCCUACUUUGAGGUGCAUGCACAGUGGACGGUCAAAACGACCUCCGACAACCCCGAGAGCCCAUCGUGCAGUGCCGAGCUCAAAGCAGGUGUGCACUUCAAGAAGUGGUGUAUGAUGCAAGGGAAGAUCCGGCAGGGAGCGCAGGCAGAGAUGAAGAGGAACAGCCAGGCGAUGAUGGAGAUGGCAAUGACAUACAUAGCAGAACGCACACAGAGCGGUAACCAGGCGGCCGACUGUAACGCUAAUGCCGCUGCUGGGAGUGGUGGGGGUGACAGCGGUGAUAGCAAUGGGAGAGGAAACGGGGGUGAUGUGAAGGUGGAGGGAGGAGAAGCAGGAGGGUUGGAAGGAAGGGAUAGAUUAGUGGAGGUGCGUGCGUCCAGGUGUUACCUGAGGGAGGUGGUGAAGCCAGGUGGUAUGUUGGUAGAGAAGGGGCACCUCGGCCUGUCUCGACAGGACCUCGUUUUGAGACGUCUCAAACCGAAGGGGCACCUCGGCCUGUCUCGACAGGACCUCACCCGCUUCACCACCACCUCCAUUCCUCUGUUGCUUUUCUUUAAAACCCCUCCCCUCCCUCCUCCCCCGUUCCCACCAGACGACAGUAUGCCACACAUUUUUGGAGAAGUGGCAUCUCGGCCUGUCCCUUCAAGACCUCGCUCGUUUCACCGCCCUCCCUACGAUUCCGCUGCUCCCUCUCUUCCAUCCUGUUUUGCCCCGUCUCUCCGCCCUAGUUCAGACAGUAUGCCGCACAUUAUUGGAGAAGGGACAGCUGGGGUUGAGGGUGUCGGGUUUCCGGUUUCCCCCUCCCUCCCCCAUCCCUCUGCCCUGCUCUCCUGGUGCGCGUACAGCACAACUGCGCGCAGGCCUUUUGGCUGCAGACAGACGGGUGUUGAGUUUCCUCCCUCCUCCCCUCUUUCCCCCCUCGCUCCUCCGCCCUGCUCUCCUGGUGCGCGUACAGCACAACUGCACACCGGCCUUUUCGGCCGCAGACAGAUGGUUCAGGCCUUCCGACCACAGCAGGCCGACGGUCAACCAGGCGGAUUCAGAGUGUCGGGACUCUGUCCUGCCUCGCUUGUGCUUAAGAUCCCCUCUUCUCCCCUUGCUCCUUUCACACGCCCUCUCCCCCUCCCCCCCAGACACGGGUCCUCUGGCCCGCACGCCAACGCUCUACAUCGCUCUGCAGGACUCCAUCCUGCCUCGCCUGCGCGAACCACCAAGCUAACCUUUCACACCCACUCCAACCACUCCAAACCCCUACUUCUUUCCCCCCAUAGACACGGGCCCUCUGGCCCGCACGCCCACCCUCUACAUCGCUCUGCAGGACUCCAUCCUGCCUCGCCUGCGCUUCCCCAAGUUCAUGGCGCAGACGAACGAGCUGCUGGGAGACGAGGCAGCGGCAAUGGUGGAGGCUCUGUUGGAGGAGCUCGGCCGGGUGUCCCUGCACCAACGGGUGAAGCAGUCGAUUCGAAUCCCUCAGUGCCUCCUUUCCCUUUUCUUCCCCUGUCGCCCCUCCCAACACACCACUCGCCAGGCAGAGGCAGUGGUGGAGGCUGUUUUAGAGCACGGGUGCGGGCGCAGCAACAACAGCUCCAUCAGACCCAUGCUCCCUCCGUGCGGCAUGCGCGCUUCCCCUUUCCCCCUUCGUCGGGCAGAGGCAAGGCUGUUUUAGAGCACGGGUGCCUGUCCCUGCACCAGUCGUGCAGCGAUCACACCGCACUUCCCUUAAUGCCCCAUUUACGGUUUACCACCCACCCUUUCCCCUUCCCCUUCCAACACGACUCGCCAGGCAGAGGCAGUGGUGGAGGCUCUUCUGGAGCACGGCCGCCUGCAGAGGCAGUGGUAGAGGCUCUACUGGAGCACGGCCGGCUGUCCCUGCACCAGCUCGUGCAGCGAUCAGUGGCGAAGGCUGGCUCGUCUGAUCCCUCUGCCGCAAAGACCGAGGGUCAGGUUCGGCAGCAGCUGGUGGCGGCCCUGUCAGUGCUGAUCCAUGAGAGGCUCGUCGAGAGGGUCGGGGCCCCCGAGCCUAUGCUGCUGGCUCGGGGAGCAACCAGCGGCGGCGAUGCUCCCAAGCCCGCUUCUCGUGCGCGAGUGCGCAAGCGGGCAAUGAUGGAAUCGUCGGGGUACUUUGACUCGGAGGAACACCGUGUGGUCGUUGCAGCAACACUCGGUGCUGUAAUGGCGCGCACGCGGGCCAUGAUGGAGUCGUCUGGCUACUUUGACUCGGAGGGGCACCGGGUGGUUGUUGCAGCGCCACUCACUCGCUGUCCCCUUACUCCCCUUUCUCCCCUGUCUCACUCUCCCUCAGCGCACACGGCCAUGAUGGAAUCGUCUGGCUACUUUGACUCGGAGGAGCACCGUGUGGUGGUUGCGGCCCGCUGCAGUGACGCCCUGCGCUUCCAGUUGCCCGGUUCCUGGGUGCUGUCGGGUGGUGAUGGCGCUGGUGCUGGUAGUGCUGCUAUUGGGGCUGGUGCUGCUGUGGACGGGAGCGCUGGAGCAGAUGCAGGAAUGUCAGCAGCAGCAGCAGCAAAGUUGAAGAGAAAGCGAGUGGUUCUAGACGAUGACGAUGAGGAGGAGCAAGCGGGACCGAGUGCCAAGCGGCCUGCAACGGGGGCGGCAGCAGUGGGUGGGAGUGCAGGUGGAGGGGAGAAGCAAGUUUUUUCUAGAGACAAUGUUAUGCCCCUUUUUCCCGUGUUCUCCUCCUCACUUACUUGCAGAGGAAACGAGUGGUUAUGGAUGACGAUGAUGAGGAGGAGGAGCAAGCAGGGCCCGAGCGGCAAGCUCUGGCCGCACCACCACACAGUGUUUCUCGUUUCCGCCCUUGCACCGCACCCCACCGCACUGCACUUGCAGAGGAAGCGAGUGGUUAUGGAUGACGAUGAUGAGGAGGAGCAAGCGGGACCGAGUGCCAAGCGGCCUGCAACGGGGGCGGCAGCAGCAGUGGGUGGGAGUGCAGGUGGAGGGGAGAAGCAGGGAGGAGGGGAGGACUCUGGCGUGCUGUGGCGGGUGAACUACGAGGAGUUCCUCAGGAGAACGAGACACCAGGAGAACGAGACACCAGGUGGGGUCAGGGUGGGAAGGGAAGAAUGCACUAGGUGGGCACUGGGCUGGGCAGCAAACAAGAUACCAGGAGUGAAGCAGGGAGGAGGAGGGGAGGACUCUGGCGUGCUGUGGCGGGUGAACUACGAGGAGUUCCUCAGGAGAACGAGACACCAGACCAUAGUAGAUUUUGUGCGAGAGAGCAUCGACCCAGGCGCUUCCAUCAUCGAUGCUGCCCUCUUCACCACACCCAUCUCCGCCACUCUUCACCUCUCUUCACCCCUCUUCACCCCUCUUCACCGCUCUCCACCAGACCAUACAUCCCUCUCCCUGGACUCAAUAGUCAAUGCAGUGCGAGGCACAGAAGACGGCCGCACCAUGGCCUUGGAUCGGAUCAGAGCGGCACUUCAGCUGCUCGUGGCUCAUCCCAGCGCCGUGGCCUCUCGCGCCUCCGAUGCCCACUACACCAUCCGUGGAAGCAAUAGUGUCUCAGCGUUUUGGGCCUUCUGCCUGCCGACUGUUCCGCCUGCUGCUGUCCAAGAACUGCCUGGAGCAGAAGCAGGUGAGGGAGGAAGGGCGAUAAGAGGAGAGGCAGGUGAGAGAGGAGGGGCGAUAAGAGGAGAGGCAGGUGAGGGAGGAGGGGCGAUAAGAGCAGAAGCAGGUGAGGGAGGAAGGGCGAUAAGAGCAGAAGCAGGUGAGGGAGGAAGGGCGAUAAGAGCAGAAGCAGGUGAGGGAGGAAGGGCGAUAAGAGCAGAAGCAGGUGAGGGAGGAAGGGCGAUAAGAGGAGAGGCAGGUGAGAGAGGAGGGGCGAUAAGAGGGUGUUGUAUAGGAGAUACUCUACCUAGCUCCUCUGGGCAUGCUGCUGGUGGGAUGAGUGCAGACGCACGGCAGCUGCUCUACCGCAUGAUGCUGGACGAAUUUGUGCAGCUGCAGCUGAUCACGCCCCUCAGAGGACCUUCUACCUCUGGCGCAUCCACACACAACCCGCUCUACCCGUGUGCUCUUUCCGCUCCCUGUGUGCAUUCCCCUGCCGACCAACCCCCUCUCUCCCUUUCACAGGAAGUCCCCAAGACAGCAGACCACGCCCCUCAGAGGACCUUCUAUCUCUGGCGCAUCCACAUUGCGACUGUCCUGCCCCGCGUGCUCAACCACAUGUGCCACCGACCUUCUACCUCUGGGCAUCCACAAAGUGACGGUUCUGCCGCGCGUGCUCAACCACAUGUGCCACCGUUUCCUCUCUUUGGCUGCCCUGUCUUUCUCUUUCCACAGAAGUCCCCAAAACGGCUGAUCACGCCCCUCAGAGGACCUUCUAUCUCUGGCGCAUCCACAUCGCAACCACAUGUGCCACCGUUUCCUCUCUUUGGCUGCCCUGUCCUUCUCUUUCCACAGGAAGUCCCCAAAACGGCUGAUCACGCCCCUCAGAGGACCUUCUACCUCUGGCGCAUUCACAUUGCAACGGUUCUCCCCCGUGUGCUGAACCACAUGUGCCAUGGUGCCUGCAACCUGAGGUUACGACUGGAACAUGAAAUGCAGCAGGAGCAGGAGAUAGAACAGGCGCAUGCAGCACACAGCACAGGCGGUGCUGGGAGUUCUGCUGGUGGGGAAGCGAGGGCAGCACCAGAGAAGGCGGUGGCGUUGACUUCGGGGCAGAGGAAGCAGCUGGAGAGGAUCCGGCGAGUACUGUCUCUCUUGGAGCAGAUAGAGCAAGCGCACGCAGCUCACGGUGCCAGUUCUGCUGGCGGUGCUGCUGGUGAGGUGAGGGCAGCGCCCGAGAAGGCGGUAGCGUUGACGUCGGGGCAGAGGAAGCAGCUGGAGAGGAUCCGGCGAGUGCUUCUCAUCUAUGUGCUGUCUCUCCUGGAGCAGAUAGAGCAGGCGCAUGCAGCACACAGCACAGGCGGUGCCAGUUCCGCUGGUGGGGAGGUGAGGCCAGCACCAGAGAAGGCGGUGGCAUUGACGUCGGGGCAGAGGAAGCAGCUGGAGAGGAUCCGGCGAGUGCUUCUCAUCUAUGUACUCUCUCUUUUGGAGCAGAUAGAGCAGGCGCACGCAGCACACAGCACAGGCGGUGCCAGUUCCGCUGGUGGGGAAGUGAGGGCAGCACCAGAGAAAGCAGUGGCGUUGACGUCGGGGCAGAGGAAGCAGCUGGAGAGGAUACGACAAGCGCUUCUCUCUCACCCAUGUAUAGAGCAGGCGCACGCAGCACACAGUGCCGGUUCCACUGGCGGUGCUGCUGGUGGGGAGGUGAGGGCAGCGCCAGAGAAAGCAGUGGCGCUGACGUCGGGGCAGAGGAAGCAGCUGGAGAGGAUCCGGCGAGUGGCGGCUGUGCUGGAGACUUCUUUGUUGCGCCUUGACGAUACGAUUACGCUCUUCUCUGCGUUCUAG